GAAGCUGAAACGGUUUUCAAUUCCCAUGAAUUGCUGGGGUUGGGAAGAACAGACCUAUUAAUUUACGGUUCUGAAAUUUUUUCUUUGUAUUGUCAAUGCAAGGGGCAGAAAUCGCUUUCUAAAUCCCCACCGCAGACACGCCCCCGUAGCUUCCCGGAGCGCCGGGUGAGGAGGCAGCCGGAGGAGAGAACCGGCGAGAGUGAUGUCAUUCCCGGGGACCCUACUGGCGGACCGGCGUGCUGGCAUGUGCUGGCAUGUUUCUUUCCGUCCUGCGCUUGGCUAAACGACGCUACGAGAGAUCUGCCGCCGCUCACGUUUGUUUUCUUUUGCGAUUUUCGUGAACUGUGCUUCCUUUCUGUGCUGCGUGAGUGCCUACAGCCAAGGGCGCCCAACAUGCCCUCGUUCUGUGCAGCAUUCGGCUGUGCGAACACAGGUGGGCAAGACGAUGUGGUGUUUCACAUGUUCCCGAAGGACAAGAAACUUGCAGCGCAGUGGGUCCGUGCGGUGAGAAGAGAUAAUUUCUUGCCGACGAAAUCACCUGUGCUGUGUUCGGACCAUUUUCGCGACAGUGAUUAUUAUCAGAGCUUGACAACGAUGCGGGCAAUCGGUAUUCCAAUUAAAUCGGCGCGACUGAAGGCCGGCGUUGUUCGUCUAUAUUCUUCCACAAGAGAAACACCUCGCCACUUCCAAGAGCGGCCUUCGCCAAGUGGAGAAAGGGUGAGGUUCCAGCAAAGCACCUUGAGAACCGAGCCCCUGAUCAACCUGUUCCGCUACCAUCACCAAUCGAAGAGUUUGAAGCAGCCAGUGUGACACAGGCAGAUAAUGUUGAAGAGUUUGAAGUAGGCAAACGCGGCACUUUUGUUUGCGAUCGUGUAUCAACACGCAAAUAAA